AUCUGCCAAUAUUUGUCCAUUUAAGCUUAUUGUACAUACAUCAAAAUAAAUUGAAGUCAGAUCCUGAAGAAUAAGCCGUGAUACAUAUUGGUUAUGUUGUGCCUAAUUGUAAUAAAGUGAUAAGACUUUAAAAUUUCACAAGCAUAUGUUUUGUAGUUCUUGUAACAAAAAAAUAAUAUAAAUGUAAUGACAUAUGUGAUUUUUUGUGCUUUAAAUUUUAUGGAGCUGGUCUUAAUAGCUUAUCUCAAUUCGGUGGACUUUGGUCUUGUAUUAUUUGUGCUUAUAAUUGUUGCGGCAACAGUUUUGGCAGCAAAUCUUCCGGGGACUCCUUUUAUACCCAUUCGCCAAAUUUGGACCGACAAGCUAUCAUUGGCCUUCCACAGAUUAAAGCAUAUCUCAUGCUGACCACAGCUAUUAUGAGGGCGAGUGGAUCGGAC